AUGUGUACGUGCAAUGCCACAAAAACAUCAAGUCUGUGUCUCUCUUGGUUUGAUUCUGUUCAUGUACAGGUGUGGAACUUGAGCUCUCAUCUUAACGCUUUAACUGAGUCGGAAACAGAAGGUAAAGGUGCAACUUCACCAGUUCUUACCCAAGCACCUGCUGCUAACUUUGCUGGCCACAAAGAUGAAGGAUACGCUAUAGAUUGGAGUCCUGCAACUGCGGGAAGGCUUCUUUCUGGUAUAGGGAGUGAUGACGGGACAUUCUCUAUCCGCGAUCUUAGACUGAUCAAGGAUGGAGAUGCUGUGGUAGCACAUUUUGAGUAUCAUAAGCAUCCUAUCACGUCGAUUGAGUGGAGCGCUCAUGAAGCCUCGACACUUGCAGUCUCUUCCAGCGAUAACCAGCUCACGAUAUGGGAUUUAUCCUUAGAGAAAGAUGCUGAAGAGGAAGCAGAGUUCAGAGCCCAGACCAAGGAAGAAGUUAACACACCUCAAGACUUGCCUCCUCAGCUUCUCUUCGUUCACCAGGGACAAAAGAACUUGAAGGAACUUCACUGGCACAACCAGAUUUCAGUGAUGAUCAGCUCAACUGCUGCUGAUGGUUUCAACAUGUUGAUGCCUUACAACAUUCAAAACACACUUCCUUAUGAUCUCGCUGCCUGA